CCGACACCACACCGCCGAACCACUGCUUGACAAGAAUAGAUGGGAGCCUGGCCUUUCCAUUGUCGGCGCCGACACGUGCAUACAGCUUUGCACGCACAAAGUGACACGCCCAACACGGACACAAGCUUUGAUCCCUCACAUCACUCUAACACCCCCCCUAACUGGAUCUGCUGGCUUCUCCUGUUGCAUGAGGGUGCGGCAAACGCCAGCGGGGCAAGACCACGGCAGGCAAUUUGCACAAAACAACAGCGAUCUGCUCGCUGCUCGACAGCGUCGCAUGGGCCGAGGAUAGGCACCAACGCACUCCCCUGAGACCACCGAUGCUAGAUAAGCACCCGACGGCUCCUCGUGUGCCUUGGGGGUGGAGCAGGAGGAGUAACAGGGCGAGGAGGAGGCUAAGCACUGACCGCAAGCUAAUCGCUGGAAGCCAACGCCAUCCAGCAAACAACAAGCAAUCAUGCCGAAAACGCGUGAAAUCAAAAUGAAUGAACACAUUGAUUUGAAUGCCUCACCCUACAGGCCUCUGGAUGCUUACAUAUAGAAACACUGUUGCAAGAACCUGGCGAUGCUGCCUGUGCAGGAUCUUGCACGAAUUGGCGGAGCAAGGUGAGGUGGAGCCUAAAAGGGGAGCCGUAUCGCAUCGCCGCAGCAACAACUACAACCCAGGAGUUCAUGCGCAGUCAUGGCGCCGUGCACCUCAAGAGAUCUGGACUGCACCCCUGGAGACAUGCGCUGCUGCCCUACGGCGUGCGACCAUAUGGCGGGAGGACGAAGGUGUGAGAAGAGGAGAGGAGGAGAAGGAGGAGGAGGGGGAGGAGGAGGAUGGUGCGCCCUCAAGGGGCCGCCCGUGAAGGGGCCGCCCGUGAAGGGGGGCGAACUGUGGUACCUCACGCGAGUGGGGGCACGCCGCGGCCAGAGUACUCAGAUGUAGAGCCACAGCGCUGAUGCCCGGCCCAUUUGCAUCAGCCCCCACCUCCGCUCAGCAGCCCGGGCUCCUCCUCGGUUGACGGUGCGGUAACUGCUCCAGUGACGCCCAGCGAUGCCGAUCGCCACCGCCACGCAGUGCGAGAGAUCCUGCCCCACGGCGGGCCCGCAGGCGCCGCCCGCCCCCUCGGCGACCUGGCCCUCCUCGGCGAGCGACCGCUGCGCGAGGAAGAUGGCCAGCACGGUGAGGGGGCGCACGCCACGAGCGUCCUCAGACCGCUGCCGUCCUUGGCCACCGGGGACACCGCGUCGGCAGCCAUCUCGGGGCAGGCCCUGCUCGAAGAGCACCCGACUGCGGCGGGGCGCCUCUCGAGCAAAAAGCUUCACCGUGCGCGGGUUGUCAGGUUGUCUGGCCUGGUUUCCCGUUUGGCCAUCUUCUCAGU